AGGCAGCUAAAUUAGGGUCGAUUGGACACCUUGGUAGGGUUUACACGGCUCCAACUCUCACAACCUUUAAAUACAACAACAACAACGAAGAUGAUAUGGCACUGUGAUUUUCGGAAAUUUCAAGUCUUCAAGUUGCAACCUACACUUAUCCGCUUGUUAAACUGGUUAUUAUAACUCCAACAUGUUUCGCAUCCUUGAUUGCAUGCGUUAUUGCAAAUUGCUAUGUGGAACAAACCUUCAUGUUAUGUCAAAUCUUGUGGUACGGCAACUUCAUGGUGAACCACAGAGGCAUAGAAGUCUUGUGCUGAUUAAAGGCAAAGAGGCAGCUGAAUUCCUUCAGGGUCUUAUUACCAAUGACAUAAAUCAUCUACAAUAUGGGGCCAAAAGCAUGUAUACAAUGUUGCUAAAUAUUCAGGGUAGAGUUCUCUUUGAUACUAUAGUUUACAGAAGAGAUGAAAAGAAUUUCAUGGUUGAAUGUGAUAAUGAUAAAUUAAACCAAUUAGUGCGACACCUGAGGAUGUAUAGAGUACGACGUAAAAUUGAUAUAGAAUGCAUUGAUAAUGACUAUCAUAUUUGGUGUGUUUUUGAUCCUCACUUAAAUUUUAAAGAUAUUACACAUGUAAAUUUGGAAUCAUUGUAUAUGAAUCCUAGAGCAGAAUCUGAGGUCUUAUUACAGGUGUCAGGUGAAGUAGAUGAUGUCAUAGUUACAAGAGAUCCAAGAAUGAAAUAUCUGGGACAUAGAUUGAUUGUCCCAUCUAAAACUUCUGUUACUGAGAUCCUUCCUAGUAUUCAACAUAGUGAAGGAGGAUUCAAGAUGCUUCGCUACAGAUUAGGAGUAGGUGAAGGUAUGGUGGAACUUCCAUCUACAAAAUGUCUUCCUCUAGAAGCCAAUUGUGACUAUCUGCAUGGCGUUAGUUUCCACAAAGGUUGCUACAUUGGUCAAGAACUUACUGCCAGAACUUUUCAUACUGGUGUAGUGCGUAAAAGAUACAUGCCUCUCAUAUUCUCCCGUGAUGUUUCUGAUUUACCUUUUGAUGCUAGCAUAAUAAAUGAAAAGGGAAAAACUGUGGGGAAAGUACGAGGAAGUAAAGGUGAGCAUGGCAUUGGACUUCUAAGAAUUGAUGAGUGUUUGGAUGCUAAGGUAUUAAUGGUGAAUGAUGUUCCUGUUCAUACAUUCAAACCAGCUUGGUGGCCGUAUGAAGCUUCCAAAGAAAGAAAGAAUUAAAUCUUAUAUGCACAUUGUACAGUACAGGUUGGCCAUCACUAAUCCAGCAUCAUUGGGUCCUGUAGAGUGCCAGAUUACGGAGUGGUUAGGUUAAAAUACACUUAACCCAAAGCUGAUAUUUACACUUUACACCCUAUUUUUGUCCCAUUCCAUUGUUCCAGUCUACCAAACUCAUAGCUAUUUUGCUAGUAUUCCUUCUAUUCUGUUGAAUGAGCACAAUAAACUGCCCAUUCACCUGUUUCAACUACCCAAUAAAGUGGUCAGAAAUUGGUAAUUUGGCAUUUCACACAAAUUUCAAAAGAUGCCAAUUUCAGUAGGGUCCAGAAUGAACAAUGUAGACAUUCCUGGCACUAAAAUAGCAUUUUCUCUGUUCAUUAGUCACAUCUCCAGGCCCCUCUUAUAUUACUCUUGCUCUCCAUUACGAAUUUUUAUUCACGCAAAAAAAUAGAAGAUUUACUGUUAUGCAGUCUACUGCAUUAUUGUAAUAAUUGUAUAAAUAAUGUCAACCCAUUUGUGACUGCAUAUUAGACUGGCCAGUUAGACACGUAUUGAACGGUGACAUCAUUUGUUUACUCUUGAACAUCGGCAAGAAUCAAACAUUUCCGCUACUUUGAGCUCAAUGUCAAGGUAUUUUCAUUGUGAAACCAAUCAAAAUUAUAUCUAUUUCUGUAAUAUAUCUUCCAUUCUAUCAAAUGACACCAAAAAAAUGAGAAUACAACCAUAAAAACCAUACAAAAAUACACCACAAAGUCGCUGUUGUGCACCAUGGUCGCAGUUUUUUUCUCAUUAUGCACUGCGUGCUGCAGGAUUUUUUUUAUAUAGUGCACACUUACCACACACACCUGUUCUCUCAUAUGUAGGCCCAAAUUUACCAAUCACAGCUCAUCUGAGUGAGCUGAGCUCAUGGCAACCAACAGUGACCUCAAAGCCACUUUAUCUUUUAUGGACAGUGUACGGUGUACAUGCUUUACACAAUGAGAAGCAUUUCUUUUAUUUGUUGGAACCAUGGCUAGGGCUAAACGUAAGCAGGUUAUAACAAUAAAUGGAGAAAAAGAAAUUGGAAUGACUCUUGCAACAAGUAGCGCCACCAAACAGCAGCGGCAGUAUGAUGUGGCAAUCCCGGAAAUUUGAAAUUAUGCUACCCAAAAUUAGUGCCAGAUUACUGAUGGAACCAGAUUACUGAUUGCCAGAUUAGUGAUGGCUGACCUGUACCAUAAUAAGUUGUAUAAUAUUCAUUACCAAGACUCUUCUUUACUAGACAUAAUAAUAUCUUUAAAUUUCCAAGUAUUUCAGCAAGAUACAAAAAAUCUGUUGCUUAUAUUAUCAUGAGUAAUCAUUCAAUGUAUAGUACAAGAAUGAAAGGAUAUCAUGUUCAUUAUAUACCUCAAAGAAUCCUAAAUUCUUAUUACUAUACAUAAAUGAAAAUACAUUAAUUUUAUUAAAAUAUUUUAGAUUGAAACUUACUCUGAGGAAACAUGACAACUCUAGUACUACAGUGAAUUACUGUACAAUAAUAUGAAUAUAGUCAGAAGCAGGAGUCAUGCAGAUCCAACAUAUGUGAACAUAAUGUUAUGUUACUAUUAGAUCUUUAAGGGAGAAGCAAUGUUGUUAUUAUCAUAAGUAUGGCAUGUGCCAAACCCAUAAGGGUUAUACAACACUGCAGUAGAAGCAAGUCUCCAGUGGGUGAUGUGUUAGGACAUGUAUGAUAUAGUAUUUCCCUGUGUAACCAUAAUACAUACUAUAAUUUGAGUACAGUGCUACUAAAUCACAGAUUUGUUCAUAAUUUUGAGUACCAUAUCCUCUGUACCAGUGUGCCUUGUUAAUAUUCUUGAGGAAACUUUAAAUUGUGCAUCAAAGAAAUGCUCAUGUGACUGAAUUAUUUAACCAUUGCAUUACUUCUUUUAAGUUAAUCUGUUAUUCAUGUACAUACAAUUUAUUACUGUACUACUACACAUUAGCUAACAGAAUAUUGUCCCAGUGUCUAGACUUUUUAUCCUUUUGGUCAACACCCACACAAUGGGUAUGGGGUGCAAAAUAAAACUCAAGGUAAGCUCUAAACCCAAAAGGGUCAUAUAUAGCACUGCAUGAACCUAGCAAACUAGUCUUGACAGACUAACCUAAUUGCAUAUCAAUUUCAUUUACUAAUCCAAUACCUGUUUCACUUAAGUUGGCAACUGUGGUUUUAAAAGAAGCACAAUUAAAAUGUAAAUAAUGAUUCAUAUUUAAGUUUAUGCUUCUAAACUGUUGUAUUCUGAGCACCUCUGCCAAAUCAGUGAUUAUGUGUGAGUGAGGUGAAAGUGUUGAAUGAUGAUGAAAGUAUUUUCUUUUUGGGGAUUGCCUUUCUUUUUGGGUGACCCUACCUCGGUGGGAGAUGGCUGACUUGUUAAAAAAAAAAAAAAUUAAAAGUUGAGCUUAAUAUACAUGUGAAUAUCAAAAUGGUAUAUAUAUGUUAGAAUUUCAUUUUUGUAGCUGUGCUGGGACUGAAAACAGCUCAAAUUCAUUAGUUUUGUGCUGCUUCAAGCCAUUGCCACAUAUUGGUCUUAUGACAACUGCUCCUAUUCCUCAGCACACGUACUUUUGAAUAUUUUAAUCCACAUUUAAUGUGCUCAAUUAUAUGUUUUACUAGCACUCUCUUGCAACUUUAAGGAGCCAGUUCACAUAACUCUGUGCACAUUGGCUCUACUGGUUCUCUGUGGAAUUUGUAUUCAUGGGGAAGUGUUAGAUUUGGAGGGUUUCUCUGUAGAAUAUGUAUAUGCUUUUAUUAUUUCCAGCUAAAUAAUAAUAAUGUCUCUGAAAAAAAAAAAAACUAUGUAGCAUCUACUUCUAUAAUAAAGGCUCACGAAAAACA